AUGGCGCUGGGAAAACUCUUGCUGCAGGUGUGUCUGUGCACCGUCACUUUCAAUAUCCUGACAGCUUGGGCGCUCUCCAUUGCUCCUCGGACCGAAUCGAAUCAUCAGCCUGUGGGUUGCGGAAGAGAUCUCCCGGACGGUCAGGCCGUGGGAGGGGUUACCAAUGUGACAAUAACAAGUGAUGGGAACGGUCGGAGCUAUCUUAUCUUCAUUCCCCCGACCUACUGCGAAGAUACGCCAACCUCGCUCAUUGUGUCCUACCACGGAGGCGCGCGAUCCGCUGAAGACCAGCUGGAGCUGGAUCUGCUCACCAGCCCGGAAUUCAAUAACAAGUCUAUCGUGGUGUAUCCACAAGGGGUCAAUAACACAUGGCAAGGAGUGCCCGGCGUCACGACGAAUGACAUCCAGUUCACCAGCGAUAUUCUGAACGAGAUCCAAAACCUGUAUUGCAUUGACCCUUCACGCAUGUACACAACAGGAAAAUCAGACGGCGCUGGCUUCUGCAACAUCCUCGCGUGCGACCCAGAUCUUUCGACAACUUUUGCGGCAUUCGCCCCCGUCUCUGGAGCCUACUAUGUAGAUUCCUCGCCUUGCGUACCGACGACAGUGGAUCUCCCUUGCUCGCCGGGAAGUUCUGAGAUACCUUUGCUUGCUUUCCAUGGCGGUAACGACACCACCAUCCCAUAUGCGGGGGAAGAGCGCAAAGGCGAAUGCCUCCCAAGCAUUCCUCACUUUAUCCGGGAGUGGGCGCUACGGGAAGGACUUGGGACGGGCAAUAUAACAACACCAGUUGCCAACGACACGGUCAAAUACAGCUACGGGAUGGGACAUGAUGCAAGCUUGGUGGCUUUGAUCUUCGACGCAGAUAUCGGCCACGACUGGCCCAGCACGGCGCCAAAUGAGGACAACCAGGUGACAGGUCAUCACCCGGCAAGUUUCAAUGCUACGCCAAUCAUCUUGGAUUUCUUCCAACGUUAUCGACUCCCCUGA